GGUCUUUUCGCUCCGGAUCUGUUUUCUGUAUGAACAAGGAAAGCCAUCUCGAGAUUCACUCGUCAAGAACAUAGAAAAUUGAUACGAGGAUCUUGAUCAACAGCCAAGAGAAAUCUUUCCGAUCCGAAACGUAUGGAAUGAAAGGUGUAAAGAUGAUGGCAAAUUAUCCGGAAAAAUCUGAGGAUCACUAGGACAGUGCGCCAUCGCGCAUCAACAUGAAGAUUGAUCGCUCUUCCACUGAAAAUUAUCUUUUGAGGAUACUUUCCCGAAAUGUAACUCACAGGUGCACUAAAAAAGUAAACUACUUGAAAAUUUUUUGCUUUCAUCAUACGCUAACGAGGACUAGGAACGACAAACUAGAACAUCAAACAGGACAGCAUCCUAUACAAGAUUUACGAAAUCCCAUUUUUUUGCCGCAGUACUAACCUGACCACCAUGCCGCAGGGCUUCAAGAUAAAGGCGAGCAAGAACGCCGCUUUCACGGCACGGAAGGCGCACGUUAACGUGAAGAAGAACAAGAAGCGAAACACCAUCGAGAAGAUCGCCACACGGGGGAUCAUAUCAAGUGCAAAAAUGUCUGGGUCUGGAAGAGUGCAUGUCUGUCAUGCUUGUCUGGCAUGACUCUUAAAUCUGUCAUGCACGUUACCCAAGAGCUCCAUUUUUCUGUGAUGCAGAAACGCAGUUUGUCAUGCAGAAUAGGCAACACCUAGAAGCUCAGAAACUUACUUGUCAUGCUGAGCCAGCAUCUGUGGCCUCAUCAUGAGACGCCAUCCAGCAUCACAAGUUUCCGGACCCAGACAUUUUUACAUUUGAUAGAUCAACAAGGGUAUCGAGCACAUCAUCUCCCAGGCAGCCGUGGCGCCGGGAGCAGGACCGGGCAUGAGCGUCGUGAAGAUCGACGCCAAAUUCCAGGCCACAAGUAUCAAGGGAAAAAAGCAGAAGUCCCUCUCCGUCGGGGUGGGACAGAACCGAGCCGGGAAGAAGUAGAGAGGAAAUAUGAGGAGCUACCAUGUGUGGCUUCUACUACUUCUUCCAUUUAGGCAUCAUGCACAACGAAUCGAUCAGCAGACGGUUUAAAUUCGACUAGCACUUGUUGCUGUGAGAACUGUCAGUGUAGAGAUCAACAAAGACAAGAAACACCAUCGCGCGCAACUACAUGAAGGCGA